UAUCUGCGCUGGACAAUAGCCAGGGCUGAGACAGCAGGUGGUUUAUAAUUUUUGGAUAUCGCUCUUUCGACGCGACAUUUUGAUCUGUACUGAAGAUAUAUACAACCAGACACAUCUACAGACUUAUCGAAGCGCUGAAUUGAGACGAACAUGGCCGAAGCACUAGCAAAGAUAACGCAUUAUCUAAAGCUAGCUGACCAGCAGCUGGACAAGGUCAUCCUCUACGUCCAAACCAGCAGCCAGCAAGCCACCGACUUUGCCCAGCAGUACCUUGCAAACGCAACGAAGCGCGAGUACAUACUGAUUCUUGCGGGCGUAAUUAUUUUACUGCAGGUAGUGCUGAUAUCGGUGAAGUUGGUUGAUGUCUUCAGAGCUACCAGUCAGGCGCCUGCGGUGAAGAAUGCUAGCGAGAAGAAGAAGGCGGAUAGCAAAGCUGUCUGGACGCCCGUUGAGUUCAAAACACCUACUCCACCGCCCUACCCAAACUGGGACAUCAAGACCACCAAACCGAUAUCCUAUCGUCCAUUCAAACACAACUACCACGUCACCAUGGGCAUCCGGAACCUGAACUGGGAAGACUGGAUUGAGCUCGACAACGAGUUUCCGAAGUUCCACGACCGGAAGGUCGAGCGACUGGCAGAGCGCGGCGAGAAACUUGUCUCGACGUUUCCUGAUGCUUUCGACGCCGCUGUCGAGCUGCUCGAGGAGUUCAGAGAGUGGCUGCCGGCGAGAUAUCCCAGUCUUUUCAAGAAGACCGCGGUCGGAAUUGACAACAUUGUUACGGGUGAGAGUUUCAAUAUCAAGGAACGCCCGCUCAAGCGUGAUCCUAUGGAAAUUGCAGCUCUCUUAAUUCAAGAUGAUUUAGCAAUCAUGAUGCCUGGAGAAGAUGGCCAGUAUUACCUGAAAGCCGGAUGUAUCCUAUUAGCUGGAUUCUGGAGACUGUCUGAUAAACUUGGAAUGCCAUUGUCCGAAAUUCACACAUCUGGUGACGUCCCCCAGUUCAGAGAGAAGCUUCAAACCUCAAUGGAGCGCUUCUUCGUCCGCAUGAAGGUCGACAAGCCUGUUUCAAGAAACAACUACUUCCUUCAAACCGACGAAGACCUAGGCUGGUCUGCAGCCAUUGGCCCCGAAGACAGCGACAAUAUCGGCUGGAACGCUGCCGCGUACGCAUCCGACAUUAGCAAGAUGCAUUUCAGAUCCGAGAGACAGACGCUUCGCCGACUGCCAAAAUCCGGCGGCAUUGUUUUCACUAUCCGUACGUAUUUCGUCCCACUCACAGAGUUGGCUAAAGAGCCUUAUCUUCCUGGCCGUUUGGCGGAUGGUAUGAGAGCUUGGACUCACGACGUUGCGGAAUACAAGGGGAAGGCGAAGUACGCAGAGAUUACGCUGAAGUUCUUGGAUGAAGAGCAUCAGAGGCAGCUCGCGAAUGGCUUGGAUCCUUCGAAGGAGCCCAAUGACUACCCCUAUUAGUAUACGCAAUGAGAUGCAUGUUUUAGAAUUUCCUGGCAUUUUAUUAAUGACUACUUGUUUUGUGCUUUCAUACUGGGAGGAUGAAAUGUAUAUAAAGAUUACCAA